UGCAACGAGUGUAUCCCGUUCUUCAAACCUUAUUACAAGCAAAGAGCUUCAGCUAAUCGGAUGAGCCUUGAAACCUCUACUUUGCGUUGUUCUCUAUCCACGCUGCAAACAACCUUCUCAGUCAAUGGACAGUCUCUACCUUCGCCUCUCUUCUCCUCCUCGUCUCAUCGACCUGCACUUUUCGAACCCUAGAUCAAUCGCAAGCCAUCAUCUUAGCUCUGGAUCCCCACCUUUUCGAUGUCCAUUAUUCAUUCACGCCCCAAAGAUGAGUCGCCACUUCUUCCUCUUUGCCUCCGCCUCGUCAGGUGGCGCCGGAAUGCUUCCAAGACCUUCUAAAUCGUCUUCUGCUCCCUGCUUGGAAGCACCAAGCCAUCUCUCACUGCUGUUCAUCCACCUCGUGACAUCCGCAGUUUUAUUCGCAUGUUUUCGUGCGCGCGCAUCAGCCAUAGGACCUUCCCUAUCACUAACCACCACCGCCUCUAUCCCAUCAGAAAUAGCUUCGGCUGAGGGCUCAAGUUCUUCUGCUGGUGAAGUGGAGGAUGAGGAAUUUAGGGCUGCCUUUGAGCAGUGGAAGUCCAAAACCUUUGCCUUAACUGUUCCUCUCCGGAUAGUUGCGCUACGGGGUUCGGUGCCUCCCUCUUGGCUUAAGGAUUUUGUUCAAGCGCAAGGAAGGAGGUUGAAGAUGAAUACUGAGCUCCGUGGAAGUCUUGAAUCCAUAUAUUCUGAGCUGAAUUUGGCUUUUGAUAAAGAUUUUGUGGAUCGUAAGUCUGCCAUGUCUGCUGAUCUUAUUUCUUUGGGUGAUUCUUGGCUUAGCAUUGCCAUUCAAAAGGGUUUAAUUGAUCCUAUACCUAACAUAGAAGAACAAGAUUGGUUCAAGUCUUUAGGCAACAAGUGGAAG